AUGGAGGAUAGUAUGAGCCGUUUGCUUAUGCAAUCAACUUUAAUGGGGACUAUAGUUACAACAAUUAGUAAUCAUUUGUCGAAACUACAAUCUAAUUCAUGUUUGCUUGAAAAGUUGCUAUGUUUCCUGUUCAAAAAUAAUAAUUCGGAUAGUGCUCAAAAUGUAUCGGUCACGGAAUUAUUAAACCAAAAGUUCGCUUUUGAUUCAGUUCAAAGUAUUGGUGAAUUGUAUGUCUCACAAAAAACCAGUGACCUAGCAAAAUGGCUAGAGUUAACUGUCAUCCGUAGUCUUGAACAGCUUGAGUCCACAAAACGUGAGUCGGUGUGUUACAAGAGGACUAGCACUACUCUUCCACUUGAUAAGCAACUGUCUCAUAUAAGAAGUUUUCUUGAAAUCAGCAGGAAAAGAAAACAUCUGUUUAAUCUUUCUUCUGAGCUUCAAAACUUAAAACGCAUUCAACUACAGAAAUGUAAUGUGUCAAGAGAUUUUUUAAAUGCUGAACUUCAAUUAUUAACGCUACAGACAAAGGUCCAUUACAUGAAGCACCGUAUCGGGAAGUUAAAGUUGGACGUAGAAUGUAGCAAAACAUACCUUUUUGAAUAUGAAUCAUUAGGCACAGAAAUUGUGAAUAUUGAAAAUCUUUUGGGGAAAAAACGGGAAACGAUUCGCCGUUUGCAUGAAGAAAAUGAAAAGCUGCUAGAUGAUCUCCCUUUAUUAUGUCGUGAGACGAAACAAAUUAAGCAACAACUAUCGGGUCAGAUAAUUGGUACACAUAAAGUGGCGCAUGAACUAACAAGCAACAUUUUACUGCAGGAUUUUAAUGAAAGGAUUCAAGAUAUUUCAUUCGACAGAAGAAUAUUUACCAGUGGGAAUACUUACUUCGACACUCUACAUGCCGACAGUCUAUACAUAAAUUGCUGUAAUUUAUAUUCUCUUGAUCCUAAUCUUAAGAUUCCAGAUGUCCUGCUGAAAUGUAUUCUAACACAAAUCAAAGAAAGCUGGCUAGCUGAGAAUAAUUUAAAAUUGUUACACUAUCUUUUGAUGAAUUUAAACAAAGAAAUCCUCAAUAAUGAAGAACUGCGAAACUACGACGCGACAUUUAAGGCUAAAAAGCUAAAACAUUUACUUCCUUGUGUUACAAAUUUGAAAAAAUUAACGAAGGAAAUAAAACAGCGCAUAUCAGUAUGCAAUGAAUCACUGUCUGACUGGAGAGAAAUACCGAUUCAUCAAAUGUUGCUAUAA